ACGGGGGUGGACAACAAGAUAAAUAUAUUUAAAGGUGCAGGAAUUUUAAAACUCGUCAAAACACGCCCUCCUCCAGAAAAUCCCUGCCACCUCGAAAGGACAUCCUCUUCUUGAGCUCCCCUCUCUGGCACUCCCUGAUACCGCAAGAUUGAGCAUUCGCGCACUGGCUUCCCGAACUCACUUCGACUCAGCCACAGCAGAGAAAGAUUCAAUGGGUAGGGCCGGACCGACCACCCGACACUCGCGGUGCUUCACUUGCCUCAUUGCGCAUGUACCAAAGGCAAUCGCCCAAAGUACUCGAAGCCGAGCAGCAGGGCCGGCCCUUGCGCAGGCGUACUAGCGGCCUUCGGGAGCGCUUCCGCCUCCCCGCCACCGCCCUCGCCAUGGCCGCGCCGGCCCCGGGCCUCAUCUCGGUGUUCUCGAGCCCCCAGGAGCUGGGUGCGUCGCUAGCGCAGCUGGUGGCCCAGCGCGCAGCAUGCUGCCUGGCGGGGGCCCGCGCCCGUUUCGCGCUCGGCCUGUCGGGCGGGAGCCUCGUCUCGAUGCUAGCCCGCGAGUUGCCCGCCGCCGUCGCCCCUGCCGGGCCAGUCAGCCUAGAGCGCUGGACGCUGGGCUUCUGCGACGAGCGCCUCGUGCCCUUCGAUCACGCCGAGAGCACGUACGGCCUCUACCGGACGCAUCUUCUCUCCAGAUUGCCGAUCCCAGAAAGCCAGGUGAUCACCAUUAACCCCGAGCUGCCUGUGGAGGAGGCGGCUGAGGACUACGCCAAGAAGCUGAGACAGGCAUUCCAAGGGGACUCCAUCCCAGUUUUCGACCUGCUAAUCCUGGGGGUGGGCCCUGAUGGCCACACCUGCUCACUCUUCCCAGACCACCCCCUCCUGCAGGAGCGGGAGAAGAUUGUGGCUCCCAUCAGUGACUCCCCGAAGCCACCGCCACAGCGUGUGACCCUCACGCUACCUGUCCUGAAUGCAGCACGAACUGUCAUCUUUGUGGCAACCGGAGAAGGCAAGGCGGCUGUUCUGAAGCGCAUUUUGGAGGACCAGGAGGAAAACCCAGUGCCUGCCGCCCUGGUCCAGCCCCACACCGGGAAACUGUGCUGGUUCUUGGACGAGGCAGCCGCCCGACUCCUGACCAUACCCUUCGAGAAGCAUUCCACUUUGUAGCUGGCCAGAGGGAUGCUGCAGCUGGGACCAGGCACACGGCCCCAGGGGCUGGGCCCCUGCUGGCCGCCACGCUCUCGGUUCUUCUUUGAAAAAGCUGGUGGUGGUGCUGCUGCUGGAAGCCAACAGCGUCCAGCCACCAGCCCUGCCCGGGGCUCAACACACAGGCUGUGGCUCUGGGCAUCCGGAUAUUAAAAGGAACGUUGCUGGAA